CCGACUUUCGUUGGAAGAGUAUAAAUCUCCACUCCGCGUCAUGUUCACAUAUUUUUUUCUUUUCGGGUAGUGUCAGAGUUAAAAGAAAAAAAUUAUGAUGAAAAUUUACGUCCUCGAAAGUUUUCAUAUUCAUCAUGUACGCCUCAAGUAAUUGAUAUGAGUGAAAAUUUUAAAAGUUGGAAAUGAUUUCUUAAACUGCUUGAGUGGGAAGAGCUUUGAAAAUAUAAAAGUGAAAUUCCAUUGUGCAGUGUUAAAAUUGGCACAAGAAGGGAAAAAGCUAUAGAAAAAAGCAAGCAAACAAAAUAAAUGUGUGCCAAACGUAGAUUAAAGAAAGUAUCCUAAGUGAAAAUUCAUCUAAGCAAAAAAUGAAUAUGAUAAAAAUUUUAAGUGAGCCCAUUUUAAUGUAUGGAUACUAAUAAAUAACAACACCAAAACAUCCCUAAAAUGGAUUUACAAGCAACAAUUGAAUUCGCUCUUGAGCUGUACAAAUUUUACAAUGUAGAUUUAUUCCAGAGAGGAAUAUAUCAAGUACGAUGCUCACUAAAAGUUUCACCUGGAAAGCUACCUAUUCAAAUAGAAACAUGCAUACCCGAUCAAAGUUCCAAUAAUCAAUCGAAUGGACCUUGUGUUAUAAAUGGUGCUGGAGCUUCAAAAAUUUUCCAGAUAAUGUAUCGCAAUGAAGAAAUAUCACUUCGAGAUAUUGUCAUGUUUCGUGCACAUCUUUUAGUUGACAGCCGUCAUUUAAAGGAAUGCAUUGAACGUGCAGAAUUUUCACUGAACUUAGAAUUAUGGUUUAGUGAGCAACAACAAACUCAGAAUCUACAGCCUGAUACUACGACAAGCGAUUCAAGUGCAAAUUUUAGUGACACCAAUCUUGUUCUUGCUUCAACACGAACAUUACAAUUAAAUUUUCAUCCAGGCCGAGGAUUGCAUUAUCAUCUUCCAGUUCUGUUUGACUACUUUCAUUUAGCUGCUGUCAGUAUAGGAAUUCAUGCGAGUCUCAUUGCUAUGCAUCAACCCUACAUAAAUGCACCAAAGAGUGGAAAGCCAUGGAAAAGUAGUGGAACGUUAAAUUGUCGCGGCGCAACUCCUCUUGGUCCUAUGGAAGCAGUUUUUUUCGGUCCACACGUCAGUGGAACAGCAAAAUGUGGUGGUGGUUCAAGCUCUCGGCUUGCCCACGCUCGACAAAUUCAUCGCGAAAUUUGUGCCUUGUUGUUAGGUGCUUUAGAGUCAUUAAAAUUAAACUUAGUGGAGUUCUGCACUGUUUUACCGAGUCAAUGGGCAACACUCACGGGAUCCACACAACCAGUAUCUUCAAUUGAGACAAAUCAAAGACUAGAAAAGAUUAUUGAAACAGCUAAAGCUUUAGAUAAUGAAGAUGACUUCGCUUCAAAAGCAAAUUCUGAUGUUGCCCAACUUUGCGCAGAAUGCAUUCUUUACUGGAGACGUACAUUGUCAACUGCUAAUCAAAUAUCAGUGCAUACAUUACUUGCAAAAAAACAUCACACUUUACGUGUGAGACGUUUCGCCGAAGGGUUUUUUGUCAGUGAUAAUCCUCGUCAUCUGGCAACUGGCAGUUUAGAUUCCAAUUACCAACAUUAUGGAAAUAUAUGUGAAUUAGCUCGACGCUCUAAAUAUUUGAGUUCGUUGCCUCCACUUCCUGUUCAUUGUGUUCCACUGGAUGGUGACUCAACUUCCCUACCAUUAAUCUUUGAGGACCGAUAUCAAGAUAAUGCUGAUGGAUACCACAGAAAAAGUUGCAGCGACUCUCAUAUGACAAGUGGAAUUUGUGCGAAAAACAAGUCCACAUACAACAACAACAUCAUCAACAAUGGUACGAAAACUAAAGAGUGUUCAUGUGGAAUUAACAACAAUUAUGUGUUGGAGCCAUUACCAAAGUUAAGUGCUGCUAAUAUGAUUGGGGUGAUGACACCUCGUUUCGCACUAGGCGGGGAUAUUCUUCAAGCAAGUCUAACAAUCAUUCCAGCAGCAGCACAAAAUGGCUUACGGGGUAAAACUUUAUCAAGACAUUCAGUCUCAAAUGUUUUAGAGACGGAAACCCAGUGGGAGGGAUUUAGAGAGAUUUAUAUUCCUGGUAAUGGUGGGACACUUCCAACAAGACAUAGCAAAUCACUCGAUCAACUCGAGACACCACAAAAUGUUAUUAACAAUUCAUUGCCGCGUCAAAACACAAUGACUCAACAACAGAUUAGCUUAAUUGCAAAGCCCCAAGCACCAAUGAUGACAUAUUUUCAGCAAACCCAUCAAAAUUCAAGGAAAAAUGCUACAGCUGCAGAUUUGCUGAAGAACAUCAAUGAAUUUAAAGAAAAAUAUAAAAAUCCUAGUGGCGGCGAUUCGGCAAAAACUUUAGCACAGCUUACAAAUGAUGUUCAUCCAAAUAAGUUGACAAAUGGCCCUAUAAGUCAGCAAAAUCAAGGGCAAUCAACAAUUUUUCUAAAACAGAUUCAUCUAAACUCUAAUGCAAACGUGUUGACGUUGAAUCGUGUCACACAAAGUUCAAACAAUCCCAAAACCGAUUACGUGCAUGAAUUGAAGCAGAACAAUAGCUCAAACAUGACUGGAGACGAUCAAACCUCAUGCUAUUACAAUUCUUUACCAAAACAUGCUGGAAUGGGAAUUCCACAGAGAAAUUCUCUUCUACCUAUUCGUGGAAAGAAGAGCGGAAAAGGUUCAAAUUUUCGGUCUAAAUCGCCAUCUUCUAAAGCAAAAAACAAUGUGAAUUCAAAUACAAUUCCCAGAAGUAAUUCAUCACAAACAUUGCGUCUACAAAAUGGCAACGCUGCUAGCCAAAAACUGUCAGAAUAUUCAAAAAGCAAAAAGAUGAUAAAUUCAAAUGGGAAAUAUUUUAAUGGAACUGAUUCGAGUAGCACGGAUCAAAGUACAACAAUUACACCGAAACGAAGGAGCAAAAGGCUGUUAUCUAGUCGAAGUGUCCCCUUUAAAUUAGAGCUACUUGAAAUGGAAACUAAUGGGCCUCCAGGGUUCAGUGAGAGUCUCCCAAAUCUUGCUCCACCUCCCCCAGCUUUUUCAAAUUCCCCUCCCCUUUCAAUGAAAUCAAGAAACAGAACUAGUAGUGGAGAAUCUACAUCUUCAUUAAGUGAACAAAGUGGUUGGGUUUCAAGUCAUCGUAGCAGUUUGCCGUCCUCACCAGAAACAUUAAAAAACGAGCAGAGAACAUUUAAUGGCGCACAGUUAAGAAAAAAAUUAUUAAAGCUUCUACAAGAACAACCGCAGCGUAAAGGUUCUGUUGACAAAAAAAGAUCAAAUUCAGGACGUUCAAAUGACUUUUCCCAGCAUAAAAGAUACAGCAGCGGAAAUGUUAUAGAGCGUAACAAAUCUCUAACAUUUAAUGGAAAAUCAUCUACAGCAUGGGAGACUUUACAUAGUGAGUGGGUUGAAAUUCCACCCAUUGCUGGCUCGCCUGAAGAAAAAUAUAAACAAAAAGGAGAAAAGGAAAAAGAUGAAGAUAAAACAAUAUUGAAUUCGAGAUCAAAACAAAAGCAAAGAAAAUCUUCUGAAAAAUCAAAAUCUGACUUCGACCUCACGAGCUUACCAAUGGAUCAGCCAUUUGAAGAUUUACGUCUUCCACCCCCGCAACAGUUUCGUGACAUUGCGCCACUUCCACCAGAUGAAUUCCGUGAUCCGCCAUCAAUUAAUGAAGAAUUAUCUUUAAAAAACGAAAAAAAGUUAUCUCCAAUCAUAGGAAAACAAUUGAAGCAGCAUCCGCCACUUAUUCAACAACAGUCGAAUCCAAUUCAAAAGCAAACUAUUUUAAUGGCACCACAAAUGAUUGAAGCAAUUGAUAAUCCACUUUAUCACAUUUAUGAAAUUAAACGACAGCCAGGUCAACCACGGCCAUUUGUCAAGUCCCAGAGUAAUAAUGAAUUGAUGGGUAUGGUAAGAGCUGCAUCGGUGAACGAUAAAUUGAUAAACCAAUCACAUCGUAAUCACUUGAAAAACCUUUCAAAGCCAAGUUCUCCAGGACAAAACUCAGAUCGUUCUGAUAGUGAAACAAAACGUGAAGCGCCAAUGAUGCUUAUGGAAUUUGAGAAAUGUCGAGAAGAGUUUCGCAAACAGAUAAAUUAUUCUGGUUCAAUAUAUUCCGACUUUACCAAACUCGCUUCGGAAAUGCCAUACUUUCAUAUCAGUGACGAAUACCGAACAUUCUCUCCAAGUGGUGUUCACCUUAUUAUCUGUGUUCAUGGGCUUGACGGAAAUUCAGCUGACUUACGACUAGUCCGAACAUACUUGGAGCUUGGAUUACCAGGAGCCCAUUUGGAAUUUCUCAUGUCAGAACGUAAUCAAGGAGACACAUUUUCAGAUUUUGACACAAUGACUGAUCGAUUAGUCGGCGAGAUACUUUAUCAUAUUGAAUCCUUUGGCAUGAAUCCAACAAGGAUAUCAUUUGUAGCACAUUCGUUAGGGACUAUUAUUGUUCGAUCUGCUUUGUCACGUCCACAAAUGAGACCACUGCUGUCACGAUUACACACAUUUCUUUCGUUAUCAGGACCUCAUUUGGGAACACUUUAUAACUCGAGUGGUUUGGUGAAUAUGGGAAUGUGGUUUAUGCAAAAGUGGAAAAAGAGCGGAUCAUUACUUCAACUUUGUAUGCGUGACACAGCUGACAUGAGGCAAAGUUUUCUUUAUCGUUUAAGUCAACGAAGCACGCUACAUCAUUUCAAAAAUGUUCUUCUCUGUGGUUCAUCUCAAGACAGAUACGUUCCACCACAUUCAGCACGUUUAGAGUUGUGCAAAGCAGCCAUUAGAGACCAAUCUAAUUUAGGCAUCGUUUACAGGGAAAUGGUUCACAAUAUAAUUGCGCCAAUGAUUUCAAAGCCUGAAUUAACUCUGGCUCGCUAUGACGUUCAUCAUGCAUUGCCAAAUACUGCAAAUACUCUUAUAGGUCGAGCGGCUCAUAUUGCUGUUUUAGACUCAGAAUUGUUUAUAGAAAAGUUUUUAUUAGUUUGUGGCUUAAAGUUCUUCAGCUAGCUGAAUAAACUGAAAUUUAUGAGAUGAAUUUUGGCAACAGCUAAUUGCGAAUAAUGGAAAUGUUAAAAAUAAAAAACAAAAUCUAUAUUUUAAGAAAUGAUAUCUUAUAAUGGAAAGUUAAAUUUUUGAAGCUGUAUUCUCAUCGUCUUUUUAGAAUUUUUUUCUCUUGAAAUUUAAUAGAUUGAAUUUAGGAAAUUAGCAAGCUGUGUUUGAAAGAAUUUCGUAAUUUUCAAGUCACCUCUUACUUAAAGUUUCAUUCGUAAAAAAUUGUCAAAUAUCUAAUUAAGGAACAUUUUUUAAUGAAGAGAAAAAAUGGAAACUUUCAAAAACGAUUACAAAAGACUUAAUUAAAUUAGUUUUUUGUAUCAUGAUAGAUGAUUUUUUAAAACGAAAACCAUAGUUUUAAGUAAAAUAUUUUAUGGGAUUAAGAAAAUCAAAAUAUAUUCUUUAAUUAAAUAUUACGAUUUUAGAAUUUCAAUUUUUCAAAAUGAAACGACACCAAAUCAAAAAUUAAUAAAAACAACUGAAUUAGGGCUAAAUCAAAAUUUAAAUCUUUUCUUUAAGUAGGUUACUUAAGCAGAAUUUCACUUCUGUACUUAAUUUCUUAUCUCAUCUUUUAAAAAACGAGCGUUUUAAAAUAAACUUUUGUAAAAUGGCAAUUAAAUAAAUAAACAUCUUUAACUUUAGUUGUUUAAUGGUGACUUCAGAGUAAUAUAAAGCAGUAGCCAAAUAUUUUGUCCAAGGAAAUGAAUAUAUUAUAUUUGUAGCAAAUCUUUAAAAAUGUCUCAUGAAACGAGCAAUAAAUGAGAAGAAUC